AAGCGAUCAAAAACGUUUAAAAGCUGCCUGGGUUUCACGUGUGGUUUUAGUCAUUGUCUAGAUAUUUUGCGUUGGGUUGAUACAAAUAGUUGUCGAGUACUUAAACGCGUGAAAAUUAAAUCGUUUUACAAUUACUAGAGACAAUACAGAUAGAUUUUCGGUUGGGGCGAACGCACACCUCACGCCAUUAUGAGUAAUCAGCAACGUUUCGAUAACUCGGGCAGUGAAGAUGGCCAAGUUCGAAGCGCAGGCGAUGAUGAUGAUUUUCUCAGUGAUGAUGAUCAAGGUGAGUCAGCGUUUGAAUCGCUUGAUAUCAAGCCACCACAAGCAGCGCGUGCCAAUGCAGUAAAGAAACGUUCAUUCAAGGAAAAGAAACAUUCCAGAGAGCAUAAACACAAGGACCGGGAUCGCGACCGCGAUCACAACCGCGAACGAGAAAGGUUAGUGAGGGAACGAGAAAAGGAACGAUUUGAUGACAGACGACAUCGGCAACCGACUGGAGCUGGUCGAGAAUGGGAAAGGCACUCAAAACGUCGCGAAAGGCACGAUUAUCACGAUCAAUCGGAACAACGUGUCCAUGACUACCAUGCACGGCAACAACACAAAAUUCGUGAUCGUGACAAGCGGCAAGUGUUGGAUCCCCGCGAUCGUGAGAGAGAUCGAGAUCGUGAUCGCCGCAAGGGUCCUGCUGAGCAUUAUUACGAAAGCAAGGUUGAUGCGGAACGGGCUUUAGAAGAUCUCAGAACUCGCUUGUUAAGUAAAAGACACAAAUAUGUAAAGGAAUUGUCUCGUUAUCCGGACAGCCGCUCAGGUACAAUAGAAUCAAAGCGAGAUGGACGUGAUCGCCGGGAGAAUAUUGAACUGAUAGAUAGUCCAGAGCAUUAUAGUGAUUACACAUCUUCUUCAAAUCGGACUGAAAAGAAAGAUAAAAAGGAGAGACCGGAGGAUCCAGAACAAGCUGCCAGACGAGCGCGUUUGCUUGAAGCCGAAAGACAGAUCGCCCGUCAAAAAGAACUUGCCAAACAAGAGCUGGAAGCCCGCCGUGAACUACAUCGGGAACGUAAUCGUAAUACAACAAAACGUCAUCACGAUAGUGAAGGAAUCUUGAAAAAACACAAACGACCCAGGAAGCCGUCUCCUAAGGAGGAAGGUGAAUAUGAAGAAAAAGAUGUUAAAAUAAUAGACAAUGACAGCGACGAGGAAGAAUCUACUGAGGAUGAGGAUGUCGGAAAAGAUUCUGGAUCAGAUUCAGAUUCUUUGUCCGGAUCGGUGCAUUCGCAGAAAGUACGACAGCAAUCUGCCGAAGAUGAUGAUGUAUUACCAGGUAGUCCAUUAUCUGUCGGUGAAUUAGCAAAAUCUGAACACGGGAGACGAUCAGGGUCCCGAUCACCACGUUCAUCACAUUCAAUGCGAUCUCGUAGUCAUUCUCGAUCGGAUCGUAGCGGAUCCGUUCAUUCAAGAUCACCACGAUCACACAGUAAAUCAAGAUCGCGCAGUAAAUCUCGGUCACAUUCAACCGAUCGCUCAGUUCGCUCAAUAUCCAAAUCGCGAUCUAGAUCGCGUUCACAUUCACCAUCGCGAUCAAGAUCUCGAUCGGCUUCUAGAUCAAGAUCCCACUCGCAUUCACGAUCCAGAUCACAUUCUAGAUCAGGAUCGAGAUCGCCUACAUCACGCUCGCGAUCCCGUUCACAAUCAGUGGAGAUCAAAGAUCGAAAAAAUACCGAAGAAGAUAUUGAGAUGAAAGAGAUCAAACCUUCGGAUAGCAAAAUUCCUGAACCCGCCAAGGAAGAUGAUUCACCGAGAGAUGAAAAAGGUGAAAAAUUGCCCAAUUAUUUCCCGGGAAUUCAAGGAUGUAGAUCUGUCGAGGAAUUCCAGUGUUUGAAUCGAAUUGAGGAGGGUACUUAUGGGGUGGUCUACCGCGCUAAGGAUCGCCGCACAAAUGAAAUUGUUGCCUUGAAACGACUCAAAAUGGAAAAGGAGAAAGAAGGAUUUCCGAUUACUUCUUUGCGGGAAAUCAACACCCUUUUGAAAGGACAACAUCCGAAUAUUGUAACGGUCCGUGAAAUAGUAGUUGGUAGCAACAUGGAUAAGAUUUUCAUCGUCAUGGAUUAUGUGGAGCACGAUUUGAAGAGCCUAAUGGAGACUAUGAAGCACAAAGAACAAACAUUUUUCCCGGCAGAAGUCAAAUGUCUGAUGCAGCAGUUGUUGCGAGCGGUGGGACAUUUGCACGAUAACUGGAUAUUACAUCGCGAUUUGAAAGCUUCGAAUCUACUCUUGUCGCAUAAGGGCAUUCUGAAAGUUGGAGAUUUUGGGUUGGCUCGGGAGUAUGGUAGUCCUUUGAAGGCGUACACUUCACUAGUCGUCACACUGUGGUAUCGAGCACCAGAACUGCUGUUAUGUACGAAGGAGUAUUCAACGCCCAUCGAUAUGUGGUCUGUGGGUUGUAUUUUUGCGGAAUUUCUCCAAAUGGCACCUCUUUUUCCGGGGAAAACGGAGAUGGAUCAACUCAAUAAGAUAUUUAAGGAACUAGGUACACCAAAUGACAAAAUCUGGCCCGGUUACAAAGAUUUGCCUGCCGUACAGAAUCUUAUUAGUCAAAAUCCACAUUUCACCGAGUAUCCAGUCUCAAACUUGCGGCGGCGAUUCUCGAACAAAGCCAGUGAAUUGGGAAUGAGUUUGCUGCAAGGUCUUCUGACAUAUGAUCCCAAGCAACGCUUCACGGCCGAACAAGCUUUGAAGAGCCCCUACUUUAAAGAGCUUCCGCUUCCCAUCGAUCCAUCAAUGUUUCCUACAUGGCCUGCGAAAAGUGAGUUGGGCGCACGCAAGGCACUUGCUUCCUCGCCGAAACCACCGUCGGGCGGGUCGCAGUUCAAACAACUGGGCCGUGACGAUAUUCCAGCCGUUCAAACAGCUGCUAGUAGUAAGACUGGUUUUGUUCUUAAUGCAAAUAUGGACCAACGACAAUUGGCAAUGGCGCCAGGGUUUAGUCUUAAGUUCUAGAAUAUUUGUAAGAUGAAUUGUAGAAUGGUUUAAAAAUUGAAGAAUAUUUUUUUUGUAUGAAAGAAGAUUGUAAUGAUCGACAAAAAUGAAUUCAUGCUAGUUUUUCCCUUAUUGCUGCAAAUUUAUUGUGUGCAUGGGGAAAUCACUCGAAGAUAUCAUUUUUUCGUUAAUUCACUGUUAUAGUUGUGAAAAUGUGAAUGAAUUACUUCUAAUUAGUCUUAAAUGUUUGUAUAAAAUAAGUUUUUAAGAAAAAAAAAGAAAAAUAAUGAAGAAAUAUAAAUUUUCGAAAAUUAUUGAAGAAAUAUAGCGGAAAAACGUGAAA